AUGACACCUAUGAAGAAGCUCUAUGAGCAAGAACCUCCUUGGUUUUUGUCUGGCUGCUACUCUCUCGCCACGGUGUACGUAAAUGUGGCGCUUAAAAAACCUGCUGUCCUCUCCUCUACUUCCCAAUCAUACUUUGCCCGUUACGGAGUUGACGGAGAUAAAACCAGCCUAACCAACUUUGCUCGUUCUGAUGGAGCUACUUUUUCAUAUUCAGGGUGGUUUGUGGUUGAUCUCGUGAAUGCGUACCAGGCCAAGUUUGUUACGGUCUUCAACAGGGUGGAUGGGGCAGUUUGUGUUGGAUCUUGUCAUAACCGUAUGAACUACUUCAUCGUCGGACUGACAAAUUAUUUUGAUGCAACUGUAAACUCGACAGCAACAAUUCGAGGAAAUUAUGACUUGUGUGGGCAGUGGCCGGUAGAAGUUACAACAGCUAGUCAAGUAAUGAGUGUGAACUGCGUUGACCAAGAAAAAUUUUACAGGUUCGUUAUUAUACAGCAAUCCUUGCAGUAUGAGCAAUCCCUGGCUAGCGGCAACACAAAUGAUAAAGCGGUCCAACUCCUCGAGUUGGAAGUUUAUACCAACGAAAAUUUUUUGCAAUAUGAAAAUGUGGCACUCAAGAAGCCUGCCUAUAUGAGCACACCUUUUUCAUCAAACAUCGCAUACAAUUGUGUUGACGGAAUCAAAGGAAGUAGCAAUUUCUGUAAAUUGGGGACCGAAACAGCACCCGUUAAGAACUGGUUCAUAGUUGAUUUGACACGAAAUUAUCAAGUUUUGUACGCUGUUUUAUACACAGUUGAUCAAAGCAUGGAAGGCUUCAUUGUUGGGUUAUCAAACACGGUGAAUCAAAACUCACCUGGUGCGAUACGAGGGACCUACGAUAAUUGCACCACUGGACCAAUAACUUAUAGCGACUCAGCCCAACCGCUGAGAGUUGAUUGUAACUACGGAAGUAACACCUACAGAUACGUGAUUGUCCAACAAUCAACUACUAAAGCUACUAGCGCUAAUACGAUGACAUUUUCUGAACUGGAAGUCUACGGAUCUGAAAAUACUGUGUACAAGUAUGUCGGUUGUUUCAGGACCUUUCAAAAGCAGGCUACCUUCCACGAAUCCUCCCUUGAUAUAUGCAUCACAUUGUGUAAGGAAUUGAACUAUCCAUACGCUACCAUCAGGGAAAGACAUUGGUGUUUUUGUGCGGCAGUCACUCCAACGGAUCUCUAUCCAUCCUCCUCUUGCUUCUCCUACUGCAACUCAGUCACUGGAAUCUGCGACGAGACUGAUCUGAACGCUGUUUAUUCAACACAACCCACCCCGGGAUAUAUGGGAUGCUAUCAGGAUGUGGGAGCCAACGCCGACAAGGAUCUCAACCUCAAAUCAGAAAACUUGCCAGGAAUGACAAUUGAAACGUGCAUAACUUACUGCUUAGUAAACGGCUUCUCGUAUGCUGGAGUGCAGAGCAGCACAUUUUGUUAUUGUGGAGACUCUUACGGAAAGCAUGGAAAGGUCUUAGAUAAUGUUUGCAAUUCAGCAUGCGGGGGACUGCCAUUGACAGAAUAUUGCGGAGGACCCUCAAGCAACAACAUCUAUUCACUUUGCAACAAACUCGGGACAAGACAAAGCUGCUCACAAGUCCACCAUUGUACCACUCCAAACAGUCUGACACCAGAUAUGACGUGUAAUCCGUCAAGUUGUCUGCCUGGAUGGUAUGGACCUGCCUGUGAUCUGAGAAAUUGCAACGUCAACAACGGUGAUUGUGGCAUCCACCCAUGCUCCUCAUUCCAAAUUGGAUCGACCGUCAUGACGGAAUGCGUUUGUAGGAUUGGCUACAUGAAAUAUUUCUACAACGAUUACUGUCAGCUGGUCAACAGUGUGUGCAAUGUUUUUCCAAACUUAUGCAACAACACGAUUUCCAGUUGUAUAGUUGGGAAUGGAGAUUACGAAUGCAACUGCAAAACUGGCUACCAACAUCCAACUAAUCCAAUCAAUAACACCGUCUGCAUAGAUAUCGACGAAUGUGCAACUUCAAAUCCAUGCGAUCUAACAACUCAGUACUGCCUUAACACUAUUGGUUCAUAUCAGUGCUUGUGUAGACCUGGAUUUUUGAUCGGCGAUUGUUCAGCAGACCUUGAAGAUUUAUGUCCGUUUUAG